CUCGUUCAGUGGGUUUGAUGUCAGCAUUCGGGUUUGUUGUUCCACGGUGCCCUCCCCAAAUAGAAACCUCAUGACAUCACAACAGCUAAACGCGGAAGUCAAGUCGGCGGCAGAGCACCGACGCAAACACUAUUGGAGUUGUCCCGUCCUGGACGGCCACUUACAGAGAAAAUAAUCCAGCAAUGAUGCCAGGAGGCUUCAAAUCUGAGAGACUAAGAGUCAACCUUCGGCUUGUCAUCAACCGACUCAAGCUUCUUGAGAAAAAGAAAACUGAGCUCGCUCAAAAGGCUCGAAAGGAGAUCUCAGAAUACCUGUCGUCAGGAAAAGAUGAGCGGGCGCGUAUCCGUGUGGAGCACAUCAUCAGAGAGGACUAUAUGGUUGAAGCCAUGGAGAUCCUGGAGCUUUACUGUGACUUGCUGCUGACACGAUUUGGCCUCAUUCAGUCGAUGAAGGAGUUGGAUCCAGGAUUACAAGAGGCAGUGUCCACUCUUAUCUGGGCAGCUCCUCGACUUCAGUCAGAGGUUGUUGAAUUAAAAAUGGUAUCAGAACAGCUCUGUGUCAAAUAUAGCAAGGAGUAUGGCAAGUUGUGCAGGACAAACCAGAUUGGAACAGUCAAUGAAAGGCUGAUGCACAAGCUGAGUGUGGAGGCUCCCCCCAAGAUCUUGGUGGAACGCUACCUGAUUGAGAUAGCCAAGAACUAUAAUGUGCCGUAUGAACCUGACGCCAUGGUCCGGCCUGAGGUGAGUUGCGAUGAAGCGGACCUGAUUGACAUGAACAAUGACAAGAAGUCAGGAGGGGGAGGAGGAAGAGGAGGCGGAGGUGGAGGAGGAGGAGGAGGUGGUUUCACAGCUCCCGCCAUGCCAAUGCCCAUGCCCAUGCCCAUGCCUAUGCCUACACCGUUCAACUAUCCAACUCCCAAAGGAGAACCGUUCAAUCCAGCCGUUGGGUCUUACAACAGCUUCCCGCACCCCGUGGGCGGAGGGCAGCCCCCUCAACUGCCCACUUCUCCCCCCACAUACGAGUCCAUUGAUGACCUAAAACACUCUCUUCCUUCUCAGGCCAUUGGUCCCUCGCCACAGUUAUAUGACAACAACGCUCUCCCAGAACUUCCCUCGGUCCCGGACACGCUCCCGGCAACCUCCUUCAGCGGGAAUAACACAACUUCGGAAGACAUCGACUUUGAUGACCUCACGCGACGCUUUGAGAUGCUGAAGAAGAAGACUUAGGUGUCUUAACAAGUGCACGGGCUGGCAUUGUUGCCUGGGUACACGUGAGAACAGAAAGUAGAACAUGUUCACGGCUCUGCAUUUAUAUCCAUAUAUAAGAGAUAACAUUUUACUCUUUCCUCAUCCAGACCUCAUCUGGACAUCAGUGUGGGCGGGCUUGCUGACUCGGACAUGGUCAUGAUUUUAUUUUUAUCUUUUCCCCCUGAUUAGGAGUGCUGUCAACUGGGGGUUUAUAUUUACUGGGAUGUUCUGAAGCUAACUCCAUAGAGUCAUUUUCACUUCAUCUGGCUUGGCCUCACAAUUGUCUAAUUUCCCUUUUAUUGCUGUGAGAUGUAUCAUCGUUGAAUACUCUUUUCCCAGGUUUGCUGACUGUCUUAUACCAACUGUUCAUGCCAUCAUUGUUGGCAUGCACUCUGAUGCUGUAAUCUUUCCUACCGACUUGUUCUGACUCAUCUCAGACCCGCUAAACUAGUUCGACUGCCCAGCCCGGCCUGUUUACAGGUUUGUGGGAUGAGGUUUCGAUUCCUGUAGUUAAUUUUAAAUAGGUUUCAGGGCACCUAGAAGUCAUUUGUCUUCUGUUUUCUGUUACCCGCUUCGCGCGUGCAGUCCGUAUCUUAUACAUUCAUCUGGUGAAUGCAUGUUUUAUGAAGAAACUUGGGUGUGGUCAUUGGGUUUGUUUAUAUAUAUCUAAAUAAAAGAAUAACCCCUUCAGGUCUGCCAAAUAUCUGCAGUGUAUCAAAAGAUGACCCGCGCAACUUAAUUUUAACACGUAAAUUGUCACCCCACAGAGCUAUAGUGAAUUUAAAUCGUUCCUUAUAUUGUCACGUGUCUCUCACUGUAUGCGCUCUGCUGCAUUUGCCUUAUUGUCGCAUCUCUCACUCGAGGCCUUGCUAGUCUGCACAAGGGGCGCGCAUCAUGCACUUGCUAUCCCUUAAGACUGGAUCCAUUUCCUGAAUCUUGUUUUGUAGAGGUGUCAACAUUGCCCGCGAACUAUUUGGUUGAAGGUGAUGCUUCGAUAGCAUCGGGAAUGUCGUUGUCCACAUACCGCAUGUCCUUCAACCUAACCACACCUAACUCUAAGCCCUAAAGGACAGUUGCCUCAAAGGAAUGAUUCAGCGGUUUCUGGAAAGGUUCUGACAAAACUUUGGAUAAUGACACUGCAGAACUGCCCUCUUGCGUUUCACCAUGUUGGACAAUUGUGUGUUUUCCCCAUCAAAUAUAAUAAAAUGGCAAUUUAGUAAAAGUCUGAGAA